AUCAAUAAGCAAACAUUAAGAGCUACGGUCCAUCCAUUAGUACAGAAUAUCCAAACAAUCUCCCGACUCCCGCUCAGAUUCAGAAAGGUAUUAGAGUAAGUGCUGAGUGCAGAGGAUCCUCCCUUUAGUUCCACACAUUAGACAGUGGACACUAACGCCUAGCGUUAAUCCCCAGAACACCACACCAAGUUGUUUCUGUAUUUGUCCGUGUGUAUAAAAAGCCAGGUAUGACAGUAUGCAGUCACCGAGCUACGCUGAAGGAGUAUCCAGAUCAUCUCCACACACUGAAGCAUCAUGGAGUCCAGAGCGUCUCUCUCCGUUCUCGCCCUGCUGCUUGGCUUCUCGCAAGCUCUCCAUCUCGACCAACCUCAGCACGUGGACAUCACGACACAGAUUCUCACCACCAACAACGGAUCCAGUGAACUGUUGUUGGAGGGAGACAUACUCUUGCCAAGAAGCAGGAACGCUCUUGUCUGCGCCACCAAAAACUGCUUUUGGAAGAAGUCCUCAAAUGGCUUAGUGGAGGUGCCUUUCACACUGAGCCGUGUUUUCUCUUCCUCUGACAAGACAGUAAUUGACAAUGCCAUGGCCACCUUCCGCAGCAAAACCUGCAUUAGUUUUGUUCCCAGGACAAAUCAAACUGACUACCUGAGCAUCGAGAGCAAAGACGGAUGCUACUCUAAUCUGGGCAGAACAGGUGGUGCUCAGGUGGUCUCUCUCAACAGGUUGGGUUGUGUUUACUACGGCAUCGUCGAGCACGAGCUGAACCACGCGCUCGGUUUCUACCACGAGCAUACUAGGAGUGACCGUGAUCAGUACGUCACCAUCAACUGGGAAAACAUCAAACCAGAAAUGCAGGCUAAUUUCAACCUACAGAAAACCAACAACCUCAACACGCUGUACGACUACUCCUCCGUGAUGCACUAUGGGAAAACAGCUUUCUCCAUCAACGGUCAGGACACCAUCACUCCUAUCCCUGAUCCUUCAGUGAAGAUUGGACAGAGAAAUGAGUUGUCCGCCAUCGACAUCCUGAGGAUCAACACUCUCUACAAGUGCUGAACUUGGUCUUUUGGCUUGAUUUAACUUUGCUUUAAUAUUGUAGAACUGUUAAUGAUAGAGGAUGUAGUGAUGACUUAAUUUGCUGUUUAAUCAAAAUGUGGAAUCAUAUAAUAAAAUGAC